AUGAAUUUUAAUGUCUGGAAUAUCAAGGAGAUGUUGAGCACGCCGACAGCCACUGGGCCUAAUAAGUUUUCCACCCGGAGCAGUGCUCCUAGCGACUACUCAAGUUUGAGUGAUUCUCAGCUGCUCUUCGGCUCCCAGUUCUGCCCAGAGAACGUGCAGUCGGCAGCGGCGCCACUGGAACUGGGCACGCAGCUGGGACAGCACAACUCCCAGGACAGCGAGCCCAGUAUUUUUACCAAAUACCAGACAAAACCAUACUUAUUUGAUGAAGAUACAAAGGAAAAAGGUUCACUUAAUUUUGGUGCAGGAAGAGUGAAAAGUGUCUUGGAAAAUUUUGAAGUGAAUAAAAACAAAAUAAAGGACAAAUAUGAUCGUGAGGUUUUAAGCACCUUUAUUUCCAGUAUCAAAGACAGGCUUCAAGGGCUGCAAGCAUGCUUGGACAAGUUUGGAGAAAUGUUUGAUUCCAGAAACAAAUCCAUUUUGGUUCACCUGGAAACCAUCUCCAAGACGCUGCAAGAUGCUCUUCAAAGUCACUGUGGCUCGGUGCUGAAAGCUCUGACAGAUAAAAGCCAAAUGGAGGAGGCACUGCUGGAGAUGGAGAGGAGGCUUGCAGCCAAAGAUGUGGAGAUUUUGGACAUGAAAUCCAGCAUCCAGCUGCUGAAGGAGAGCCUGGAGUCGCUGCCAGCUCAGCUGAGUGAUCAGCACCUGAAGCUGUGUGAAGAACUAGGCUUCCUGAAGCUCCCUAAUGCCUUAGCUGAGCUGCACACAUCCAUUUCCAGUGCCAGAGCCCCCCCACACAUGGCAGAUAACUCUUCCCAGACAUCCCCUGGCCCAUGCCAGGGCUGUGCUUUGGGUGAGGAGAACGUGCACCAGCCGUGUUGCCAAGGUGGGGGAGGUUGCGGCUCCUCAGCUGGGUCUCAGCCCCCCUGCAUGGCAGUGCGGGAGCAGCACAGAGACCCCACCAUGAGGAAGCAGGUGACUGGGGAUGGCACAUCUCAGCGUGACCUAAACACAGCUUCAGGAGGGAAAGUCAGCCCCAUUGGUAUGGCAGCAUGUGGCAGAGAAAACACCUCUUUGCAGGAGGUGAAGUAUGGUUUGGAAACAGAGCGCUGUGCUAACUAUCCUUGCACAUGCUGCGCUAACAGUCAUUUUUUGGGGGGUAGUCAGAAGAAACAUUGUCCUGUACCGCAGGAGGUGCCUCUGCCAACUACACUGAGGAAGGCGGUCAGGAGAGGCACCAGAGGGUUUGGACCCGUGACACUGUCACAACAGAGGCAGCCUCAAGUUUGCCACCUUUCUGUACAAAAAGAUACACCUGGGAGAAAAGACAAUCAGCCGCCCAUGGACAGUGAGGUGGAGAAUGCAGCUGUAGGGAAGAAGGCAAAACAGAGGCCACGAAGGAUCCCCUGGAAUAAGGCAAUGGGGAGGAAGAAAACAGGCCCCGCUACAAGAAAAGGUGAGCUCUCUCAAUGUGCUGAUGGUGGGCUGAAGCAAAGGAAGGCAAACAGGAUUAUUGAGUUGGAAAGCUCCAGAAAAAAUUGUUUUCCCAGGUACACGGUUGCUCUCAAUUUAGGAAGCUCUAACCUGGUUUCUGCAGCUCCCAGUCAGCAGAUCCUUGGCAGUCCUCAGCCGAGGCUUCCAAAGACUUUCCCACCAGUGCCAUGCUCCAAUAAAAGCCUGCAACAACUUAGAGACAAAAGAAAGAGAAGUUUGGAAAUUAAAAAAAGAGCAAAUGUUUCCAGUAUGAAAAGGAACCUCUGGGAUUCCUCUCCCCAGGAGAAUAUAUUUCCCCUGCGUAGCACAACAGGUGAAAAACAGAUGAGCUGCUUCAGUCUCCAAAGCCCUGCAUCCUCCAAGAAACAACAUCCCAUCAGUACACUGGCUCAGCAGAACAUGGCCUGUUGCUCUUUAGUUUUUGAUAGCGAUUAUUCUGAUUGAAGGGAUCUGUUUUGUGUUUGGAGUCCUCAGCGCGGGCUCAGCCCUCCCAGUCGCAGUUCAUUCCUCCAGGUACGUUACCUGCUUAAUCAGAGAGAAGGCUCAUGCCUGGAUGUUGAGAGUGUUAUUGCCCACUUUGAUACGUUGUGAGGGACCACGUGGGAUCUGAAGGGAAGCUCUCCCAUAGCUUGCGAGGCAGAUGGGAUCUGUAUUAUUUACCUUCCUGCUCCCAGAAGAGGUGCCCUGAGCUCCAAUUACCAUCGUAUUUAUGCAGCAGAGAAGCACCUGCAGCAUCUGCCAAGACGUUCACUGGGGAGGAGAGGGCUGGCAGAGCACAGACACGCAGCUCAAUUAGAUUAAGCAUUGAGAUCUGCCUGAAACUUUUCAACUAGAUUGAUGUAAUAAUAUCUCUGUGGCCAGAGGUUCUACUCAGUUUCUCACUUGCAGUUUCUGUGUUGGUUUGUAUGUCUAAAAGUUCAGCUUUUUAGCUCCCUAGGCAGUAGUAGUUGGUGAUUGAUUUCCAGAGUGGUUGAUUUCCAUAAGGUUCAGAUUUGUCCCAGGAGUUGUAUGUGAGCUUUGGACAGGGACAGGUUUAUCCGAGGAAAACCAAAUCCCAACAUCUUAGGUUCAUCGACUGUUACAUUUCUUCUUCUUUUAGGUUGAAUUUUCUUCAUUUUUCUUGAAUUUUCUGAAAAUUCAGGGAAUUAUUUUGUUUCUACUUUAUUUGCCUCUAGUAUUGCUCAGCUCAUCAAGCAAUUCUCCAGCACACGCUUUUCGAGGGCAGUGGUUCUCAAACAGAGGCCAAAAGAUAUGACAUUCAGAUUCAGCAGCUGAAGUCACUGAUAGAUAGUUCUCAUCCUUUAGAAACCUGUACCUCUCUAGCAAGGAGUUGCUCCAAAAUUUUCAAGUCAGAAGGGACCGGCCCGCUUGCCCAAUCUGCUGUAUACAGCAGCAACAUCGUUAGGCAGCCCCCCCACUCCCACCCCGAGCAACUCAUUCAGGGUACCCAGCUGCGACUCUCAUCUUCCACUGCCUCAGAUAUUUGUAUCGUGUUUGAUUUUUUGAUCUGGGAUGUUACUAGCAAAAGAAGCACAUCAGUGCUGACAAAGCAGGUUGAUUGCCAUGAAUCCAACCAGUCCUGCUUUGUCCCCCUGUGGGGGAAGACUAGGAUCCCUUUUCCCUGGCUUUAAU